GAGUGCUUUUGCAUUUCUUUUUUUGUGGAGAAAAGAAGGUAAAGGGAGAAUAACUCACAAUAGGAUACAACGUGAAACAGUUCCUGGAAGAGUGUCUGUCACGAUGUUUCUGGUACAAUAUACAGGAUUGAACCAGCUGCCCUUUGACCCUGCCAACAACAACGAGCCCCUGCAAUUUGGUAGUGCCAGUGGCCCUUUGGUCACGGAAGGCCACAGUGAGAAUGGAGGGGAGUCAAGCAAGAAAAGAAAAAGAGCAAAUACUCCUUCAGCUGAUAAUAGUAGACCUCUGAAUGUGGAUUCUACUCCGAUGACGUUACCUAUGUCUGAUCCAACUGCAUGGGCCACAGCAAUGAAUAAUCUUGGAAUGGCACCCCUGGGAAUUGCUGGACAACCAAUUUUACCUGAUUUUGAUCCUGCUCUUGGAAUGAUGACAGGAAUUCCACCAAUAACUCCAAUGAUGCCUGGCUUAGGAAUAGUGCCACCACCAAUACCACCGGAUAUGCCUGUUGUAAAGGAGAUCAUACACUGUAAAAGCUGCACGCUCUUCCCUCCAAACCCAAAUCUUCCACCUCCAGCAACCCGAGAAAGACCACCAGGAUGCAAAACAGUAUUUGUAGGUGGCCUGCCUGAAAAUGGGACUGAGCAGAUCAUCGUGGAAAUGUUUGAACAGUGUGGGGAAAUCAUCGCUAUCCGGAAGAGCAAAAAGAACUUUUGUCACAUUCGUUUUGCUGAGGAGUACAUGGUGGAUAAAGCCCUUUAUCUGUCCGGAUACCGCAUUCGCCUGGGCUCUAGCACAGACAAGAAAGACACUGGCCGUCUCCAUGUUGAUUUUGCACAAGCUCGAGAUGACCUGUAUGAGUGGGAAUGCAAACAGCGCAUGCUCGCAAGAGAGGAACGCCAUCGUAGAAGGAUGGAGGAAGAAAGAUUGCGCCCACCGUCUCCACCUCCAGUGGUCCACUAUUCAGAUCACGAAUGUAGCAUUGUUGCUGAGAAGCUCAAAGAUGAUUCCAAGUUCUCAGAAGCUGUGCAGACUCUGCUCACCUGGAUUGAACGAGGGGAGGUAAACCGUCGCAGUGCUAACAACUUCUACUCCAUGAUACAGUCGGCCAACAGCCACAUCCGCCGCCUGGUGAAUGAGAAGGCUACCCACGAAAAAGACAUGGAAAAGGCAAAGGAAAAAUUCAAACAAGCUCUCUCUGGGAUUCUCAUUCAAUUUGAGCAGAUAGUAGCUGUGUACCAUUCCGCCUCCAAGCAAAAGGCAUGGGACCACUUCACAAAGGCCCAGCGUAAAAACAUCAGCGUUUGGUGCAAACAAGCUGAGGAAAUUCGCAACAUUCAUAAUGAUGAAUUAAUGGGAAUCAGAAGAGAAGAAGAAAUGGAAAUGUCUGAUGAUGAAAUAGAAGAAACAACGGAAGCCAAAGAAGCUGAAGAACCAGUAUCACAGGCAGAAGCUCUGAAGGAAGAAAAUGACAGCCUCCGUUGGCAGCUCGAUGCCUAUCGAAAUGAGGUAGAACUGCUGAAGCAAGAACAAGGUAAAGCCCAUAAGGAGGAUGACCCAAACAAGGAACAGCAGCUGAAACUCCUGCAACAAGCCCUGCAAGGAAUGCAACAGCAUCUACUGAAAGUGCAAGAGGAAUACAAAAGGAAAGAAGCUGAACUUGAAAAAAUCAAAGAUGACAAGUUACAAGUGGAAAAAAUGUUGGAAAGUCUUAAAGAAAAGGAAAGCAAUGCUUCUAGACUGUGUACAUCCAACCAGGAUAGUGACUACCCUCUUGAGAAGAACAUGAACAGCAGUCCUAUCAAAUCUGAACGGGAAGCACUGCUAGUGGGAAUUAUCUCCACUUUUCUUCAUGUACAUCCAUUUGGAGCAAGCAUUGAAUACAUCUGUUCCUACUUGAACCGUCUAGAUAAUAAGAUCUGCACCAGCGACGUGGAAAGUCUCAUGGGCAGGCUCCAGCAUACCUUCAAACAAGAAAUGACUGGAGUCGGAGCCAGUUUGGAAAAGAGAUGGAAGUUCUGUGGCUUCGAGGGCUUGAAACUGACCUGAGUCAUUUUCCCAGCAACCUGGGAUCCUAAAAAUUCAAUGUGUCCAGCAGACUUAGAGCGUGAUUUGUUUUCAGUGGUUUUCAAGUGGAAAUCGCUUUAAAUGUUUCCGUCCUUACUGAAAUGUUUUUUUUCUUGAGUUAAAAUAAGGAUCCUAAAGUAGCACCUCCGAGCUACGGGGCCCUUAAAAAAAAAAACAAAACUCGAACCUCAAGUGCUGUAACUUCUUUUCUGUCAAUUGGUUGUCAUUUUAUUCGUAUUGAAAAAGGCCUUGGGCUAAAGAGUAUUUGGGGUGUUUUCAGUGUCUGUACUACUGUUGUAGACCUUGAUAUUUUUCAAACAUUGCUAAAUGAAUAUUUUGAUGGUUUGUGAUUUGUGUUUUAAAAUGUUUCUUCCUGCUAAUGUUGCUACUGGUAAAAGGAAUGAGAAAAGUACUAGCUACUCUUUAACUGGCAAUGUGUUUAGUUCUAGUGGGCCAGUUUUAAUAAAAACAAUAAAAACAUCAGUAUCUUCUAGAAGGUGCUUUACCGGGUUUACCUUUUAAAAGACAGCAUGGUUUGUGGCUCUUUGUAAAAUUACUGUGAACCAAAAGUUGACAAAUGUUCCAAAGUUAUUUUCUCUAAUAUAACAUUUAAAAGGUUUAUUUCAGAAUUUAAAUAUUAAUCUAGAUGUAUUCACAGAAGUCAAGCGUCCAGUGUAACUGGCGUGCAUCUGUGCUAUUCAGAAUCAACUUGUACAUAAUCUGCUUCUAAAGGAGGGCAUGUUUCAUUCUCUAUGAAUCAAGAACACGUGUUUUGCAAAGUACCAGAAGGGAUUUAUUUUAAUGUGUUUUCCCUUCUGGCCUUCUUGCAAAGUCUGCUGGUCCCUCUUCCGCUGUUAGAGUGUUGUUAGUACAAUACAUGUACUGCUGUAACUACUAUGUUUACGUUAUGCCAAGUUGAUGUGAGUACUAAUAGAAAACCGUUCCUGAUGAAAAACAGAAUGGGCCAGGGUGUAUUUGAAUUCUUCCAAAUAGGUCACCUACUUCUUGAAUGCUGAUAUCCAGGGACUCUUCCAGUUUUGUGUGCCCAUCAGCAGACUACAGUGGCAGGCACAAGUUAGGAAACCCUACAUGGUGGGGGAGGAAAAGCAUGAGGAUUUCUGGCUAAGACCCUGGGACAGAGAUGCUCUUUUUUGCCAUCUACAGCGAGAUGCUCUUUUCUUUUGUGCACUGGUGGUGCUUAUAAGAACAUAAGCAUGCCGGGGCUGGAGCAGUAGCACAGCGAGUAGGGCGUUUGCCUUGCACGAGGCCAACCCAAGUUCAAUUCCCAGCAUCCCAUAUGGUCCCCUGAGCACCGCCAGCAGUAAUUCCUGAGUGCAGAGCCAGGAGUAACCCCUGUGCAUCGCCAGAUAUGACCCAAAAAUAAAAAAAAAAGAUCGUAAGCAUGCUUCUCUUUGAGCCUUGAUUUAAAAUAAGAGAUCAGGAGCUGGAGAUAUGGUAUAGCAGGCAGGGCUCUGGCCUUGCAGGCAGCUCACUGGGAUUCCUGGCACCACCUGUAGUCCCCCAUAUUUCACCAGGAGUGAUCUCUGAGUGGAGAGCCAGGAGUAAACCCAAAACACUACCUGGGAUAGCCAAAAAACUAAAAUUAAAAAAAAAAUUAAAGUAAAUAUGCAAGCCAAUAGAGACUAUUUCAGGAAAAUUCUCUAAAUCAGUAUCAGGAGUGUUGAAGUUGUAUUUUUAACUCUCUUUUCAAAAAAUAUUAAGUUGUGGUUUUAAGAGAUAAAUGUUACUUUUCCGUACCUCCGUUUGGAGUUUUGAAGAACUUGCUCUCUCUAAAUAAUCCUUUAGUAGUGAAUAUCAGUUUCUGCUUUUGGGUACCAUGAUGUUGGAAGAAGCUAAAACUUCCUCCUUGUCAACUUGAAAAGUUCCAUGGCAGCCCAUCCCAUUCGUGCUGAAAGCUGAUUGCCCGCCCCCACCCCCACCCGCCCCUCCCAAGAACCCAAAUGUGACACCAGCAUGACGCUCUGGUUAUUUUUACACCAGCUUCCUCACUGAAGCAUCUCUGCCAUCCAUGCUGCAGAAAAUCUCAAAGCUCCCAAAAUGCUUUAUUUUAAUAAUAUCUAUGAAGUCAAGGAAGUUUGCCACUUAACCAAUUCUUUCUUACUGAAAUAAAUUAAAUAAAAUAUAAUUUUAAAGUAACACUAGGGCCCCUUGGCUUUCUGUCACUUUGUCUACUUGUACAACAAAUGGGCUUUUCCUAUUAUUCCUACCAAUUUGGCUCAGGUAUAUUCCUCCCAACCUGCUUGAAUAUGCUAUGUUGGUUAUUUUUAUGUGUCAGGUUAGCUAGGCUACAGUACUUAUGUUCUUUGGUCAAGCACUGGUCCAGAUGGCAUUAGGAAGGUACGUUUGAGAUGUGAUUGAUAUUAAAACCGGUAGACUUUGAAUGAAACAGAUUGCCCUCCAUCACCUGAGUGGAUCUCAUCCAAUCAGUUGAAAGCCUUAAGAGAAAUGACUGAAGUUCUCCAAGGGAGAAAGAACUCUGCUUCCAGAUUGCCUUGGGGCUAAAGACUGCAGCUUUAGCACCUGCCAGAAUUUCCAUACUGCUAGCCAGCCCUACAAAGUUCAGACUUGCCAACCCUUAUAAUCACAGGAGCCAAUUCCUUAAAAUAGGUCUUUCUAUUGGUUCUGUAUCUGACUAAUGUGUUAGUCCAGAGUGUAAAAAUAGAAUCUUUACACUAUCUUAGAUAAUCAAAUUGCAAUACGUGUCAUAACACAAUCCGUGCCAUUCACCAUGGAAAUCUAUUAAUGAAGUCAUUUUCCAUUAGGACUGCUCAAUGCUAUUUAUUGUUCUGUUCCUCCUGAGUUUUGAAAUCUUACUGUUUCAUUGUUUUUAGAAGAUACUGUAGUCAGAAUUUUUUCCAGAUAAUAUGAAUAGAAGCAUUCCUUUAUUUUACAAAUUGUUUCAUUUCCUUCCCUGGUCCUGUGAUAUUUCCAACUGCUGUAAAAUGUCUUGAAUGCAAAUGAAAAAAAAUGGUUUUCAGAAUAGACAUAACUAUAUGUUCAUUAUAUUGAGCUUUUUUAAAGUGUGGCCCUCAAAGUGUAUGGUUUUCAUAUGAUGCUGAAUAAACUACUACGUAAAGAC